GCUGGGAAGGAAAAACUUUAUCUCGCCGGUAGAUCAGUUUAUAGCCACACAAAAUGAAUUUCGUAAUAAAACUUACAAAAUAUGCAGCAUCACAACAAAAUUUACGCAGAUUUUCAACCACCCAAAUAAACUACACCAAUAGAAGACGGGUGGUGGUAACAGGAACGGGAGCAGUUACGCCUUUGGGUGGAAAUGUGGAAGAAUCUUGGCAAAAGUUAUUAAAAUGUGAAGCGGCCGUCACAAAAUUGGGAAACCAGUACAACGGAUUGCCAUGCCAAGUCGCAGCUCAAAUAGACAGGGAAAAGUUGCCCUUAAACGAUUUAUUAAGUAAGAGUGAUUUGAAAUUGAUGAGCUCUGCUACACAAUUGUCGGUAUUAGCCACCGAAGAGGCUUUGUACGCAGCGCAAAUUACACCGAAGAACCUUAGUAGUGAGGAACUUGAACGUUUUGGCGUGUGUGUUGGAAUGGGAAUGUUCGAUUUGACUGAAGUUUACGGAGCUUGGCAGCAGCUGCAAAAAGGUUACAAUCGUGUAAGUCCAUUCUUUGUGCCACGGCUGUUACCAAGCAUGGCUUGUGGCCAUAUAAGCAUGAGACAUGGUCUAAGGGGACCUAAUCAUUCGGUAUCAACUGCCUGUGCCACUGGUGCUCAUGCUAUUGGAGAUGCGAUGCGUUUCAUACGUAAUGGAGAUGCAGACAUUAUGUUAGCCGGUAGUGGAGAAUCUUGCAUAGAUCCGCUAUCAAUAGCCGGCUUUUGUCGUAUAAGAGCUUUGAGUACAUCAUUCAAUGACUUGCCAGAGAAAGCUUCUCGGCCUUUCGACAAAAAACGUGAUGGUUUUGUAAUGGGCGAAGGUGCUGCCAUAUUGGUUUUAGAAGAACUUGAGCAUGCUCUUAAUCGUAAUGCUCCCAUAUUAGCUGAAGUACUUGGUUAUGGUCUAUCCGGUGAUGCAUAUCAUAUAACUUCACCGAGUGAAGAUGGAACUGGAGCAACUCUAGCUAUGCAAAGAGCCAUUAAGGAUGCUCGAAUUCUACCGGAGGAUAUAAGUUAUGUAAAUGCACAUGCGACCUCAACACCUACAGGCGAUCGCAUAGAAUCACAUGCUAUUAAACGUGUGUUUGGUGAUCAUACCCCAAAUAUAAGGGUUUCAUCCACAAAGGGUGCUCAUGGUCAUCUAUUGGGUUCAUCGGGUAAUUUAGAAGCUACUUUUGUUAUACAGGGCUGUUGCGAAAACAAAUUACCACCUUCUAUUAAUGUUGAUGAAUUGGAUGAAAAGGUUGAAGUACGUGUUGUGACUACACCCGAGGUCUGGAGUGAAGAUGGGAGUAAGAGACGUAUUGCCUUAAAGAAUUCGUUUGGUUUUGGAGGAACUAAUGCUUCACUAUGCAUUGCCAGCUAUGUUCGGUAAAAUAAUAUCUCUAGCAUUUAUUAGAACUUUGUUAAAAGUACAUACAUAUAUACAAUAUCUGUUAAGUUUGUAAACAAUUUGAAUUUUUGUUUGUUAGUAAAUAAAUAAAUUAAUGAUUUUA